AUGCCACCUCAAAUCACGUUCAUAAACGUAGCAAAGGAGGUGGUGAUCCCUGUCAAAAUAUUCAUCAAAAGCAUCCCACAAGAUCCAACUACGUCAUCAUUAUCAAUCAAUGAGAAAUCCCCAAUAACAAUCCACAACAUCCACCACGCCAAAUUGAACGACUCACAAAUCCAAAAAUUGGUGAACUCAAUAUCUCUCCAGAUCAAAAACGCCAUAUUCUACGACCUCCACGAUCAUCAAUUGCGACAGCAGCAGGAACUGCAUGAUGCAAUAGAGGAAGGCACUGAUCGAAUGCAAUUUGGUGAUGGUGUAUACAAUAAUGAGGAUCAUCUAAAAACAAGUACGUUCAAAGUUGACAAUUUGAAAGUGGUUGUGCCUGUUGAUGUUGUCUAUCAAGUACGAUAUAAAUUGGGGCUAGUUGAAUACGAUGAAGCUCGCAAGUAUCUACGAGAUUGUGGGUUUAAUUUGGUUGUUGUCAAGGAAAUUCCCAAAAAGGGAGAGCGUAGUCAAAAAGAGAAUGAAGAUGACGUGUUGCAUGAAGAUAUCAAUGAGAACACGGGGCUUGACGCAGUGGAUGUUGCGGAAACCGACAAAGGGGAGGGAAGUGAUGAAAUGCCUGAAGUGAGAAGUGAAGAGACUCACUAUAGUGCACAUGUAUUCAAUGGGAAACAGAUUAUAGGUGACUUUGCAACUUGCAUCAAAGUGUAUGUACACUGA